AAUUGAUCUACUUACAUCGACACCAUGACUGAAGCUCCCAUCUCACCAGGCCUUGAUGCUGAGAGCCUGGCGGAAUUGAGGGUCAAGCUCGAUGACUGCACCCGAAAUCACCAGUGCGUCGGCGCGAGAAAUGCAGAACUACCCAAGCGCCUUCUAGAUCUCAAACCUUACACCACGAGCCCAGACCGCAUCAGGCUGGUAGAAACGGCGGAAGACGUCCCCAGGAUCUCGGACCAGAUAAUCGACUAUGCCGUCUUGUCGUACUGUUGGGGAACAAUGACUGCCUUCACUACCACAUCUGCCACCCUAAGAAGUCGCCGGGGCGGCUUUGACGUAGCCCCGAUGCCUGCGACGCUGAGAGAUACAGUUGAGGUCGCUCGCAACAUGGGCUUCCGCUACCUCUGGAUAGACGCCUUGUGCAUACUUCAGGGAACCCGGGAAGAUGAAGUGGCUGCAGCGGACUGGCAGGAAGAGGCGGCGCGGAUGCACUGGAUCUACGGCAAUGCUUCUCUCUGCAUCGUCGCGGCCGGGGCGUCAGACUCGUGCCAAGGACUGAUGCACAAGGAUCCGAGGGUCACCACCGACGAGGGAAUAGCGGAAUGGCUAGCCAAGGGGAAGAUCCCCAUCGGCUGCGAACCCAUCUCCAGCCGCGCAUGGUGUUUCCAGGAAUGGCUCCUACCCAGUCGCCUGCUGGUAUCCGCCAGUACGGGGGUAUAUUACACAUGCGGGCAGCAUGUCCUCAACGCUUCCGACCCGGACUACGACUUCAGGUUCCCCCGCUCCCGUCAGGAUCUCAUAGCCCUGGAGGACGAGGCGCCCGCGAGCCGCAGGAAUGGCAGCUGGCAGAUCAUGGCGAUGAACUACUGCAACCGCAGCAUGACCGUGCCGGAUGACAAGCUUCCCGCGCUGUCUGGCAUGGCGCAGAGGUACGCCAGCCUCAUGGGCUGGCCGCACGGGGACUACCUCGCCGGGCUGUGGAGGAGCACCCUGGUCAGCGACCUUCUCUUGGUCCGCCAGGAAGGCAUCUCGUCCAUCUCGGCGUCGCCUGAGCCCUCCACGACAGGCCGCCGCUAUUCACGGGCGCCGUCCUGGUCGUGGGCCUCGAUGGACGGGAGCAUCGUGUACCACUCGUUGCGGGACCCGCAGGUCCCGGAGACCGUGCACGUGCACAGUUGUGUCACCACGAAAGCAGGUGUUGGGGGGGAUCCGUUUGGUCAGGUCGUGUCUGGCCAACUAGAUCUGGGUUGUCCUUACAUGAAGGCAUGGGCCCGGCCGUUGGUCCAAGAGGAGGGUGAACUGUACUUCCUGCUUCUCGACGCAGACGAUGAGUUUGUUAGCCUGCUGACAGUGGAUGAUCCCGCCGAGAUGGAUGCAGACCGUGUUAUUAUGUCCACGGGGCUGAGGUUCCUGCCAACAGGUCCAUCUGAUCAAUCGAAAGAUAUCAUGGUAUACUGUCUGGGGCUUAUGUUCGGAGACAGUGCACGCAAAAGCGAUGAUGGAGUUCGUUGGGAGGGAAUUGCUGUGCGACAACUGGCCGACAACAAUUAUGCUCGCGUGGGUACAUGGGGGACUGAGGAGUUCAAACCUGUAGGAGAAUCGAGGUUCAUAAUUGUCUAGAUGUUUGGAUUGAGUUGCUUCUAUGUGUUCAACACCCAAGAGAACACGCCUCUCAACUAACGACAUCUACGGGAGACUAAUGUGGAUUUGCCUCUUUGA